AUGAGUCUUUCGUCUGGGUUAUCUCUUCCGUUUCGACGCUUACAUGCUUCCAAGCCGCUAUGUUCGGUUCUCCGCACGCAGUCGCCAGCUUUGCUCUCGAGAGCUUUCUCGACGACUUUGAAACUGGAUGCUAGCUGGGGUUUUAUUGGGUUAGGGCAGAUGGGAUACAACAUGGCUAAGAACCUGCGGGCUAAGAUUCCUGCAGCAGAUACGCUGGUCAUCCGUGAUGUGAAUGAAGGCGUGAUGGAGAGAUUUGUGAAGGAAGCACGCGAGACUGCGAAGAGUGCCGGUGUUGCGGAAGACGCUUACAAGGUCGAAAUCGCGGGUUGUGCAAGAGAGGUGGCUGAGAAGUCUACAGUGACGAUUACCAGCCUUCCAGAACCUCAGCACGUUAAAAACGUCUUCCACUCGAUUCUGAAACCCGGUGACCUUCCAGCCCUCGAGAAAGAGCGAUUGUUCAUCGACACGUCCACGAUCGAUCCGGUUUCGACUAAGGAAGUUGCAAAUGCAAUUCAUACAGUAAGCGCAGGACGCUUCGUCGACGCACCCAUGUCCGGAGGAGUAGUGGGAGCUCGUGCUGGCACGUUGUCUUUCAUGUUCGGUGCAUGCUCGACAGAUGGGGAGCUCGUAGAGCGGGUACAAUCGGUCCUGUUGCUGAUGGGAAAGAAAGCCUGGCACCUUGGUGGACCAGGAGCUGGCGUCUCGGGGAAACUCGCCAACAAUUACAUUCUUGGAAUCAACAAUAUCGCUGCUGCAGAAGCUAUGAACCUUGGAGUUCGCUGGGGUCUCGAUCCAAAGACACUGGCUGAUAUGAUCAACUCCUCUACAGGCCGUUGCUGGCCAACAGAAGUGAACAAUCCUGUUCCCGGGGUGGUCGAGACUGCAGCAGCAUCACGUGGAUACGAAGGUGGUUUCGGGAUCAGCUUGAUGCACAAGGACUUGCGUCUGGCACUCACGGCUGCAAAAGAGUCUGGUACUCCGCUCGUUCUGGGUGACGAGGCCCAGAGAGUGUACAAUGAUGUCGAAGAAGCACACCGAGGCAAGGACUUCUCCAUUGUAUACAAGUGGUUACAGGAGAAAUCCCAGUAG